UGUACUGCGUGCCAACGGUGGCCGUUACCGAGGCCGACGACGAGAACGAUUCGGAGUGGGACGAGGACGAGGAGUCAUCGGAGGCGGACGACGACGGGCGUGUUUACAAGAAUCCCAGGAAUUCACCUUCGACCGAGUGCCCGCGGGACGAGGAGCAAGCGACGCUGCUGGGCCAGAAGUGUCUGCGCAAGUGUUCGUCGGACGAGGACUGCAAGAGCAAAAAGAAGAAAUGUCUGUGCGACGGGGCCUGCGGAAUGUCGUGCAUCAAGCCGGAUCGCGAGUGUCCCGAUCUACCGCAACCGAGCCUCGGCUCGGUGACGCUGUCCGGGAAGCACUUUGGAUCGCGGGCCACCUACAGCUGCCCGCACGGGUAUCACGUCGUUGGACUGCAGAGCCGACUCUGCCAGGCGGAUGGCAGCUGGGCCGGUAGUGAGCCGGUUUGCAAGCAGAACAUUUACUGUCUGGAGCCACCGACCAUCGAGCACGCGAGACACUCGGCCCUUCCGGAGCAGGCUACGUUUGACCUCGACUCGACGGUCCAGUACCACUGUCACACCGGAUACGCCACGGCCGGCUUUCCGCGGGCCAAGUGUUUGGCCGUCGACGGACAGGCUAGCUGGUACGGACCGGAUAUAUCCUGCGAACCCCGUUCUUGUGGCCAGCCACCGGAUCCUGCGCACGGCUGGCACGCCGGCGAGAGCUACACCUUCGGUGGCAAGGUUACCUAUCAUUGCGGCGAAGGAUACGAGCUGGUUGGGCGCGCCGAACGCUACUGCCAAGCGGACGGAUCGUGGACCCCGAAGGAGCUGCCGACCUGUGUUCCUCAACCGGCCGCUGAGUAGAUGCGUAGAUCAGUGUGUAAGCCCGAGGUACUUCACCGAAAGGAGCACUGUGCACUGUGUACCAGCGUGAAUCACUCUUGUAAGCAUUUGCCACCUAGGACGGAGGCUUCCUUUACGGAUCGAUCGAAUACUAUCCGCUAUGAUGUACUCGAAGCCAUCUGCACCUGAUAAUUAACCUAAAGUAACACGCAUAGAGUUGUAGAGACAGGACCAUCCAGGACCCCCGCUAGUAUAAGGAGUAACCCCAAGUAAGGAUAGCAGAGCCAUAGAGACCAUAAACUUCGCGCA